UUUUUCAAGCAUUGCCGGUUGACUUACCGCUUGGCUGCUCCUUCCCAACUCUCUGGUUUUCACUUUUACCAAGAGUGGCGCCUUUGGCCAUUUCUCCAUUCAUACAUACGUUCGUCAGCCUCGGAGCUUGUCUCUGGCUUGGUCAGUUGGCUGAGUUCCGCUUCUCUCGAAAUCGACGUUUGUCAGCCGUGAAGCCCGUUCACGUCACAGCCACCGCCUUCGAAAUACCGCUCAGUCAAGCCAGCAUCACCAACACAUCUAAACCACAAACUGAGCCCGUCUGACAUACGAUUUUGCUGUCUGAACGCGAAAACCCGUCGGCCUCCGCGGCCUCCCUGCCUCAUCUACUAAACCUCCUACGACGUGACGUCGUCCUUCUGUCCAUCUACCAUGGCCGUCGCUACUGAGGACUUCAAGUCCCAGCAGACAUCACCUGCAAUUACCCCUUCAAAUCCUUCUUCGAUCAGCUCUCAGGCUUCCCUGACCACCUCAACCGUCAAAUCCCCCUCCAAUGGCGAAGCGCGCCCAGCCGGUCCGCCGAAGAAGCCCACUUUCACCUCACGCCUCAGUCGCAUGUUUUCGGCCAAGGAUACCAACGAGAGCUCAAGGGAACCUUCACUCAACAAAGUUGCCGAAAAAGUCCCAGAAACUGCCGUGGAAGAACCCGAGGCCGAAUCCAUGCCCCCAAAGCCUCUGAGACCGGCAAACCCUUCUAGACAAUCCUCCCAGACCGACAAGGCUAGACUGGCUGGAACCGUGUCCAGAAGCGGCAGUGAUGCAAAGAAGGACAAGAAAGAGCCUGAAGGUGCUCCGGUCCAACACCGUCGUUUCUGGCUCGAUGAAGACGGUGCCCAUCACCAUCAGCUCAAAAGCGCUCGCCGACAGGAGAAGUUGACCGACAUGGUUCGCGACUUCCUCGGAGGCAAGAAGAAGGAGCAUCACGAAGAACAGCCCUUGUCGCUUAUGGCCAGUUGGGUAGACCAAUUGAAGAACGAGAAGAACCGGGUCGCCUCGGAUCAGAAGAAUGGCCCUGCCGGUACUGCGACGCUUGUUCAGAAGUACGGCAAAUGCCAGGAAAUCGUGGGCCGUGGUGCUUUUGGUAUCGUCAGAAUCGCGCACAAGGUGGAUCCAAAUGACUCGAAACAUGAGCAAUUAUAUGCCGUCAAGGAAUUUCGUCGAAGACCGCAAGAGGACUCGAAGAAGUACAGCAAACGCCUUAACUCGGAAUUCUGUAUCUCGUCUUCUCUAAGACAUCCCAACGUCAUCCACACCCUCGACCUGCUUACCGAUGCAAAGGGUGACUACUGCGAGGUUAUGGAAUUUUGCGCUGGAGGAGAUCUCUACUCGCUUGUGCUCGCUGCUGGAAAGCUAGAAGUUGUUGAGGCAGAUUGCUACUUCUUGCAACUGAUGCGCGGUGUCGAAUACAUUCACGAAAUGGGAGUUGCACACCGUGAUCUAAAGCCCGAGAAUCUCUUGCUUACGACACACGGUGCUCUCAAAAUCACAGACUUUGGCAAUGGCGAAUGUUUCCGUAUGGCUUGGGAAACGGAACCGCAUAUGACUGCAGGCCUUUGCGGCAGUGCGCCUUACAUCGCACCGGAAGAAUACACAGACAAGGAGUUCGACCCUCGCGCUGUAGACGUCUGGGCAUGUGGUGUCAUCUAUAUGGCCAUGAGAACUGGCAGGCAUCUGUGGCGUGUGGCCAAUAAGGACGAGGAUGAAUUUUACGACAAUUACGUGCAAGGACGCAAGAGCGAUGCUGGCUAUGGGCCCAUCGAAUCACUGCAUAGAGCACGAUGCAGAAAUGUCAUCUACUCGAUACUCGACCCCAACGCAAGCAGACGUAUCAGCGCACAUCAAGUGCUGAACUCAGAGUGGGGCAAGGGUAUCAAAGUGUGUCAGGCCGGCGAGGAAGGGCUGUAACACUGGUUCCCGGGCAAAAGGCCCAUUAUUUUCCUUGGUAUGAGGAUUGGUUGGUUCUGGGUUAUGGAUGCGACGGCGAGCCAUGGCUCUCUGUUUUGCGCGGCGUUGGGCGGUCUAUUACCGAUAUGGCAUGGAGAGGGACGCACGACUCUGGUACAUUUCCUGGCUAUCAGAGCCAUUCUGUCGUUUACUUAGACUAUCAAAUUCACGACCGAUUCAUGAUUGAAA